UGUAACACCCUAGGAGGAGCCCAGGGAGAAAGGCAGGGCAGCAGCCAUAUUUUUGCAGGAACUGACUCCAUGGAAAGUUUUCUGCUGGGGUGAAGUGCUUUAUUUUAUAUAUCUCUCCCUUAUAUUGCCAUAUAAUCAUCUGCAAGCCCAGAGCAUGAGUGCCAAGGACUCGUCCACCCCUGUGGAGAAGUACAAGCUGGUGGUGGUGGGAGGAGGAGGUGUGGGCAAGAGUGCACUAACUAUCCAGUUCAUCCAGUCAUACUUCGUUUCUGACUAUGAUCCAACCAUUGAGGAUUCCUAUACGAAGAUAUGUGGAAUCGAUGGGAAGCAGACGCGAUUGGACAUUCUGGACACAGCUGGGCAAGAGGAGUUUGGGGCAAUGAGAGAGCAAUACAUGCGGACAGGAGAAGGGUUCCUGCUGAUCUAUGCAAUCAAUGACAGAGGAAGCUUCAAUGAGAUCAGCAAGUUUCACACACAGAUUCUACGUGUCAAAGACAGAGAUGAGUUCCCCAUGAUUCUGGUUGGCAAUAAGGCAGAUUUGGAUCUCCAGAGACAGGUUACUAAGGAGGAAGCUCUUAGCUUUGCUCGGGAAAACCGAAUCCCCUAUAUGGAGGCUUCAGCGAAGAUCAGAUUAAAUGUAGAUGAAUCUUUCCACGAGCUGGUCAGGGCAAUCAGAAAAUUUCAAGAGUUGGAGAGCCCACCGACCCCAGCAGUUAACCCUAAGAAGAAAGAGUCUAAAAGCUGCCCUUGUGUGAUCCUGUAACCUGACAUCAAGUGAAGCCCAGAUGGCCUAAACAGACACCCAGCAAUAGUAUAUGGGGGGAGGUGCUUCUGCCGCUCAUGGAAGACAAUACAUUGUUCCUGCCACCAGGCGGCGCAUUAAUGGUCCCCUCUUCGGCUUACUUCUCUUGCCAACCUUGCAGACACCUGGAAGUUUCAUCCAACAGACAUCACAUAAUUCUCCCCUCCUCUUCCCCCCACUGAUCCAGCCCACUGAGUCAGGGGCACCUCUGUAGGCCGAACAAAAACCUCCUGUCCGUCAGGGCAAGAUGCUUCUAUCUACUACAAGGAAAUGCAGUUUGCACACACUCCCUUUAUCUGUGCUGAUGCUACAUUAUUUUUUAUUUUAUUAAAUUUUUUGUAUGCUGGGAUCUGCAUGUAAAUAUAUAUUCUGUAUAUAUAUUUUAUAUAUAUAUAUAUAUUUUAUGUUCUCUUAUUUUACUAUUCCGUGAGCUUUGAUGUAUGCAUUGAGCAUGCAGACUGGAGAAACUAUUCUUAGAGGGGGAGGGCUCUAAUGUACGUAUAGAUUAGAAAGGCAGACCUAUCUCCCUGCUUCCCAGUUAUAGUUAGUUGGACUGGUCCUCUGUCUAUUCUCCCCUCUCUCAUAACAUGUCUACACUGCAUGAUGCCAUACAGCUAAGCUGUGUCUGUUUCUCUCCUGGCCCAGGCUGCAGAAUAGACUUUCUGUUUACUAUUGGAUAUCUAGGGGAGCAGAGCAGUCAGUCACUCGUUUGCAGACACUACAUUACCCAGGACUAGCUCUACCUUUUUGAUGCAUAUUCAAAAUGUCUUCACUACAAAGAAAGAUUCUAGGACAGAUGGGGAGUCAACCUAGUUACAGUACCAUUUAUUAGAAUGUAAUCUUAAAAGACUGGGAACUAGUAUUUUCCCUUAAGGCACCUGGGCAGGGCCAGAUUAAAGGCCACAUGGGCCUGGGACUGAAAAUGUCCAGGAUACUAUUCUGAGAAGCAGAGGAUCUAUGACUAGUGCUGUGUGGGCGUGGCCAGUGCUAUGUGGGCGUGUACAUCCCCUAUACUAUCAGCCCCACUGUCUCCCUAAAUAUGUGAAAGUUUAAAAUACAAUUUUAAUACUUACGUGUUCCGAGCUAUCGUGUGGCCAGCUGGGUGGGUCAUUAUAAUCCUGCUGUCAUAGGGAUGGGCCUAUUUUUAAGUGGAGGCCUGGAGCUCCAUCCGCCCCAUUGUUAAUCUGUCCCUGCCGCUGGGACUUUUUGCAGGCCCUGUACAAGAGAGGGGGUGUGGCCAAGCAUGGAGGCGUUCCUGCUCAAAACCAGGAAGUGGGGGGAGAUGGGGUGCUGCUGCUCUGCUUCCAUAGCUCCUCAGACCAGCAUUGGCCUGGUAAUUAGAACCCGCCCCACCUCCCUCUCUUUACCAAGGCUUUUCCCUUCAGUAUUGGUCUAACCCAUAAAAUGGAUGUCCUUUUCAUAGCAAACGCAGUGUGUUUGCACUAAACCAUGAUUACCAUGGAUUAUAGUGGGAUUCGUGUUGUAGAAACACUACAUUAUCUGGUACCCUAAUAUUGACUGUUUGGAAUCCCAAACAUUUGUGGCCUUGGGGCCUUCAUAAAGAAAACUAGUAAAGGAGAAAAAAAAAAUGUAAAAAAAAAAAAAUAAAGUUCUGCUAAUAUAGGAACAAUUUCUAUAUUUAUCUUUCUGAAGAUUACAUCAAUAUAUGUGAAUGUUGCUGCGAUAAUUGCUUUUAUAAGAAAUACAUAAUGUAGCACACAUUGAUCAUGACUGUUGAAGACAUAGUGUACGUUUUCAAAGAGAUUUCCUUGUUGGGAUAUGAUUUCAGACUCCUCUAUUCCUAUCUGAUUUCGCUGCACUUGGAACGUUAUUCUAAAGAUGAUGUCCCAAAUGUAAUAGCGACCGAUUUUCGGCGGCGGGGCCGGAUGCCGGCUGAACUCUGAUGUUUUUUUUAAAGGGGCAUUCAUGUACAAGGCUAAAGGGGGGGUACUCACAGAGCAAUCGCUGCUUAAAAUCUAAGCAGUCUGACUAGAUUGCUUAGAUUUUAAGCAGUGAUCACUCAGUGCGUACCCCCACAGCGAUAGUGAUGCACGGCCCCUGGUGCUAGAUUGGCCUUAGUCUAGCGCCCCCCUCCUGUCUCCCCCCGCGCGCUCAGCACACAUCACGCUGUGCUGAGCGGCAGGAGAGAUGUGUGCUGAGCGGUUCGCUCAGCACACAUCUCCCUCCAAAUCGGGCCGUGAAUACGGCCCUUUAGUUUAGCCUUGUACAUGAUUACCCCUGUAAAAAAACUUCCACGUUCGGCCGGCAUUCCACACGGCCGCGGAACUCGGGUGCUAUUAUAUCCGGCCCAGUGUUUUUUUUUUCAUCCACUGAAUGUUACAGCACCGUACAGGGUGGGCCUCUAUUUUGCCUGUUUAAAGUGGAAUUUGGAGACAGUAGAGAUUAAUGAAACAUUGACCCUCUCUGGCUUUACUCUACUUGUAUUGCGGAACCUGUGAUUCCUAGACUGCAGAAAAGUACCCUUUCAUAGACAAUUCCACAAAACAAGGAUUAGGGGGAGGUAGAAACAGGCAAUGUUUGAUCAUUAUCACUACAAUCGUUAUUUUACUAUAUAAAGUAAUAAAUGAACGAAUCAAGCUUUACAAAGGUAAUAACCUAUAAAACCUCUUACGCACAGGAUCAUAGUAUUAUAAUUGCUAAUUGAAUUGUUUGCGUUUGUAGUGGUACUACAAGGUCUAUUACCGAAAUCUAUUCCUAUUGCAUAUGCUACACCAGGGUCCGGAGGACAGAUGGAAUCCUGACGUAUCAAUAUCUGUACUUUAGUAUCACAGCUUUUAAGUCUUAUUCUAGGAAAAAUAAGACCAUGUUCUACGUAUAUUUUGAGCCAAAAAUAAUCACAAUUGUAUUUACAUACUGUAUGCUUGUCUUUAAAACUUUCAUUAAAGUAAUGAGAUGUUUUCA